UGAAGAGUGAGCAGGUGUCAGACAUUGUGUAUUGUCAUCUGAUCAAAGGGGGGCCAGCCAGGACAGGGCACAUGAAAAGCAGCAGGUGAGGUGGAGCCUGAGGGCUGCCAGGGGAGGGGGCAUUGCUGGGCUAUAAGAUGUCUCUACACAGCAGGGCACAGGUACAGGACAGCCUGAUGGAGAAUAUUAUCAGAUCCGUCUUCUUCUCUGCCAGGGACCAGCCACUGUGGGCUCAUCAUGUGCCAACCACUGGUGACACAUUUCAAGGAAAACAAAAGGAAGUAGGAUCUGUGGUAAAUGGGACUCCCAGCCAGAGGAAGCGUAAGAGAACUUUAUAUAGUAAAUGGCAGCAGAUGGAGCUGGAGAGUGUGUUUGAAUUAAUCUCCUAUCCAGACAUCAGCACCCGAGAACAGCUAGCCAAGAUCAUCCGACUGCCGGAGUCUAAAGUACAGGUUUGGUUCCAGAACCGCAGAGCUCGGAAAAAUAAGAGUGGCAAGUUGGACAAGACACUUUAUCGGAAAGGUUCAUCGUUUCGUCCUCCUCAUCUUUGUCUGAAAUCAAUGUCACCAUCACAUAACUACAGUCAAAGAGAUCCCCUGGUUACCAUGACCUUCCAGCCAAACCAGCCUAGACCUUAUGGGCAUGAUGAUCAACAGGUACCUGGAGUUCAGCAGUCUGGGUUCCCCUCACUCCUACAGACAUCUCCACCCAUUUCCCAGCAAUACUCAGCAGAAGAGACCUAUAACUGUGCCUAUGAACAGCAGGAGUCUCAGUGGCAAAAUUUGACCAUGAGUGGCAUGAAUCCAGGGUAUGGCUGUGAGGCCACUUUGUAUGGCACUCAACUGAUGGACUUCGGGCAAUGCACAACUUCCUCUCUUGGGCCAUCAUAUUGGGAGUUAUUUCCUCACACUGUGAAUGCAAACAGAUCACAGACCUCUCUAGGAUACAUCUCAGAUGUAAUUUACAAUGCCGCCAUAAUUACUAAUUUAGGCGAUUUUUAGCUCAGUCUGCUUACCCAUAAUACAAAUAGACAUUUGCAGUAGGAGGACUAAUAUUCCCUGUAUUUUUAGAUUUGUUCUUUUUGGACAGUUGGACUUAUGAAACAAUGGAAAACUUGAAUAUUGGUUUCUAGUAGUAGUAGCAAAUCCUGCAGAUAUUGCUGAAUAUUUUUGGAAACACAAAUCGUAAUGUGUUUCAUUUACUACCACAAGAUUUCCCAUGACCUGCAUAAAAACUUUUCCUAAACAACAUUAAUAAUGAUCAGCUUGUGAACCCAGACACUGUUGUGAAUAGAUGUCAAAACCAUCCUGAAGUUUGAUCAUUUUUAAUUUCUUACAAAGUAAAUGAGCUUUCAGGCUUUGUUGCCAUCUGUUUAUUUUUUCUAAUAAUAAAAAACGAAUAGAAAACUCAAUUAA